AUGCCUCCCGUCGCGGUCCGGCGAGCUGUCACAGCUCGUCGUAUAACAUGCUCUACCGCCCUCGCCGUCUCGCCCGCGAGCUCUCACACCCUCCAACUACCCCGUCGGCCGCUAUAUCGAAGAGACCGUUCACACACUACGGCGGCGUGGCGGCCCGUUUCCGUGCUCGACGAAUGGGUUGCCAAGGAGGCCCGUCCCAUCAGUCUCCGACAGCUCAUGGUCUUUGGCCGCUCCCUGACCGAGUCCCGCCUCAUAAAUUCGGCCAACUACGUCCGGACAGAGCUCCCCAUCAGAAUCGCUCACCGAAUCCGCGAUAUGCAACACUUGCCGUACGCCGUGGUCAAGAACCCCCACAUCAGCGACGUGUAUAACCUAUAUUACAACGCCUUCGAUUCCUUCCGAAAGAUCAAGGAGAUCAACACCCUCGAGGAGAACGACGAGUUUUGCAAGACCAUAAGCAAGAACCUCCAAGCCCACCUCACCGUCAUCCCUAAGCUCGCCAUGGGAAUAAUAGAGUGCAGUGACCUCAUGGACGAACAAUCUUUGGACAAGUUCAUGAAUACCAUUCUCAGAUCUCUCUCCGAAGCCGACUUCAUCGGCGAAGUCUUCAUCAAGUGCGUCGCCAAAGACGUCAUCGACCGCUGCGGCCGCGCCGUCCAGGCCCUCGCCCGCGCCACCUACGGGCCCGAGGUCCAGGUCCCCGACAUCCACGUCGAGGGCCACCUCUCCGCCAGCUUCCCCUACAUCCUCAGCCACCUCGAGUACAUUGUCGGCGAGCUCCUCCGCAACUCGGUGCAGGCCGUCAUCGAGCGCCAGAUCCGCGAGGGCGCGGCCGCCAAGCCCGGCGCCGACUCCGCCCCCGCCCCCACCCCCGCGCCCGUGCCCCCAUUGAGGUCACCAUUUGCGACGUCCCCCAACCUCCAGCUCGGCAUGGGCCUACCCCUCAGCAGGGUCUACGCCGAGUACUGGGCCGGCAGCCUCGAGUUGCACAGCCUCGAAGGCUACGGCGUCGACACCUUUCUCCAAAUAUCAAGGCUGGGCAAUAAGAACGAGCAGCUCGCUACCAGAGCCACCAUCGAUGCAGUGUAA